ACGUGAUACGUCCUCGUACAAAUCAGUUCGCAUCAUCUGCACUGCAGCUAGAUACGCGCGGUUGCGUUUUGCUUCGUGAAAGUUUUUAGCUAUAGAUUCCGCGGAAUUUCGCACAAGAGUGAGAAUUAUAAUAAACAGACUUCGCGCUUUUUAAAUCUGUUAUAUUUUUUUACAAAUUUUCUAGUGAUAUUCUUCAUCGAAAAUUAGAAUAAUCUUUAUCUCGUUUCUAAAACUUCUCGUACGUCUAUCUUAUCGAUUAUGGUGUAUUUUGUAAAUCUAGUUGCGCGGAUGAAGUUUCAUAAAAUAAUGUGAAAUAAAGUUGGCGAUUUCAACGCGUGUUUUCUGGAAUGAACAAGAAAUAUGAGGAUAAAGUUCUAUCAAAUCAUGCUGAAGAAAUAGAGUGACUAAUUAAUACUACUCGCAAGACAUUAAUGUAUAUGCGCUGAUAAGUGAAUCAAUAUUUCGCUUUGUGUUUCUUUACUUGAAUUGAAGAAUUUAAUUUAAAUUCAAAAUAAAUUCUGCAAAAAUAAUGUUGGAUGUUAUUUAUGCGCAGUGACAGAUAAGAUAGGCGAUUAUCGGCGGUGUGUUAAAACCGACUCGGAAAAAAUAGAACGUAUUAUUUAAAUUGUCUGAUAGAAUUGCUUCCGUAACAGAUGCGAAUAAUGACGUCGCUUUUUGCAACGCAAAUGUGCGCGUGCUAAAAUAUCAGUGAUUAUUAACGAAAGUGAAAAUCUCCACGAGAAAAAUGGCAGUGAGACAUUAUGCGCAUCAAUACACGAUGCGAUUAACGGACGAGAAAAACACCGAUGCAAAUGUCAGUAGUGAAAAUAGCGACAUGGAGGAUUAUUAUCCGUUGAUCCACCAUACUAUGAAUAACGCGAUAGUUGAUGUGAGUGCACGUAGGCGAGGAAAAGGAACUGGCUGGAACGAGACGGUAAGUGUCCAUCGCGUUAGGAUUAUAUCACUCAUUACAGACUCGGAUCUCAUGACGAAAAAUAAGCAGCGAUAUCGGUGGCGUUUGCUGCUCUGCGGCAUCGUUUUCAUAAUCGUGUUGGCCCUGGUGAUCGCCGCGGCGAUCCUCUUGACCGGCAGCCCGAAUUCCACCUCGUCAAGAACAAACGGUGCACCCGGUAUAUCCCUGGAGGAAUGGCUCUCCGGUUCGUUGUCUCCCAAGAGCUUCAACGGCACAUGGAUCAGCGGAAACGAGAUUCUCUAUCGGGACGAGAUAGGUAAUUUGCUGAUCUACAACGUUAGUUCGGCCACAUCCAAGAUUCUGUUGGAUUCCAACAAUCCUGCUCUGUUGUCGAGCUUUGACCACCAAUUAUCCGCCGAUAAGAAGUAUCUGUUGCUAGCUCUCAACUAUCAAAAGCUGUAUCGUCAUACGUAUCUGGCCCAUUACAGGAUCGUGAAUCUGGAGACACUGACGGAGACAAUACUGGCGGCGAACGAAUCUACGCCGUUGCAGCUCGCUACCUGGGGGCCACGUGGCAACGCCCUGAUCUACGUUCAUCAGAAUAAUAUCUACUAUAGACCGGAGGCAGAAGUGGCCAAUGAUUAUCAGAUAACAAACACGGGAGUGUUUGGGACUAUUUAUAACGGAGUACCAGAUUGGGUGUACGAGGAGGAAGUAUUCAGCUCGAACAAAGCGCUUUGGUUUUCUCCGAGCGGAAAUAAAAUAGCCUUUGGCUAUUUCGAUGACUCGAAUACCCCCAUUAUGACCAUACCGUUUUACGGAUAUCCCGGAAGCUUAACUUUCCAAUACACUUCGGCGAUACCAAUACACUAUCCUAAGAGUGGCACGACGAAUCCAAGAGUCAAACUAUUUUGCGUCGAUCUCGAGAUGGUGGUGCAAGGUAACGUGACCUUGGUGGAGAUCGAACAUCCGCCGGAGCUGUCUGCCACCGAGAGGAUCCUGUCGGCGGUGGCCUUCCCCACGGACAAUCUCGUGUACGCGACUUGGAUGAACCGCGUGCAGAACGAGGCGUAUUUCCAGCUCUGCGACGUCGACAGCCUGCUGCCAAAUUGCACGGUAGCGCUCUCGUAUAGCGAAGAAAAAGGCUGGGUAGAACAAUUCGAGGCGCCUAUGUUCAACGAGAACGGUACGUCCUUCCUUCUGAUAUUACCGCAGAAACAGAAAAACGGCAGCAAUUGGCGACACAUUGCGCUCGUUACGAAUGCAACCAGCGGCAAACCUACCACCACCGCCCUCACAUCCGGCUACUUUGUCGUCACGGAGAUAGUAUCGUGGGAUCAAGAGGACUCGUAUCUAUAUUACUUGGCAACAUCGAAACACAAUUCGGCGGUUCAGCAUUUAUAUAGAGUGUCACUGUUAGACAUGGACCAUAAGUCAGUGUGUUUAACUUGUAACAUUGUCAGAGAGAAGGACGGCAGCCGCUGUUUAUACAAUAGCGCUAUAUUCUCCACUGACAAUUCGCAUUACGUGCUCACUUGCGCUGGUCCUGGAGUACCCGACAUAACCAUCUACAACAAGAAUUCCACAUUACUCUUCGUAUGGGAGGACAACAAUGCGGUAACUGAGAUAAUAGUCGAGAGAUCGCAGCCAAUUGUCCAGAAAUAUAAAAUCCCAGUUCCUGGUGGCUUUAAUGCCCAGGUGAGGCUCCUGAUACCACCCGGUGCUGAUUUGAGCGGUUCCACCAAGUAUCCCAUGCUGGUUUACGUGUACGGUGGACCAGACUCGUAUCAGGUGACGGAGAAGUUUAACAUGGACUGGGGCAUGUAUCUUGUGACAAACAAAAGCAUUAUAUAUGCUGCCAUCGACGGCCGCGGAUCUGGAUUAAUGGGCAACGACAUGCUGUUCGCCGGAUACCGGCAGCUCGGUACCGUCGAAAUCAUUGAUCAAAUUAACGUUACCAGACACCUGCAGAACAAAUUAUCCUUCAUCGAUCGUACAAGAACGGCGAUAUGGGGUUGGAGUUAUGGUGGAUACGCGACCGGCAUGACACUCGCCAUGGAUUUAAAGGGUGUCUUCAAGUGCGGCAUGUCAGUCGCGCCCGUUACGGAUUGGGCCCUUUAUGAUUCGAUUUAUACCGAGCGGUUUAUGGGUUUACCAACCGUUGGUGAUAAUCUACAGGGUUACGAGCAAGGCCAGUUACUCAAUAAAGUCGAAAAUAUAAAAAAUAAGAUGUAUUAUUUAAUUCACGGAACUCUAGACGACAACGUGCAUUACCAACAAUCGCUUAUGCUUGCAAAAGUGUUGGAACAGAAAGAUAUUCUCUUCAGACAACAGACUUACACAGACGAAGACCACGGUAUCGCCCAGUCGCGAGCGCAUCUGUAUCACUCGCUAGAAAACUUUCUCGACGAAUGCUUUCAGACGUCGUCAUGAUCGGAGCACGGAAUAGUGAUGACAAUCUAGACGCUGUACACACCACCUGCCUCACACUUACCAAUUGUAAAUAAUCUAUCAUGUGUACAGAAUUUAUGUACGAUAUGUAAUAUGAGCGUUUUUAGAAAAUGUACAUAGCGGUGAAAUUGCUGAGGGAGAGUGGGAAGAUGAGAGAAAGAGAAAGAGCGAAAAAAAUGUGAGGGAGAUAGAAUAAUUAGAAAUCAGAAUCAAGAAAAUUACGCAGGGCAGGUCUGUAAGAAACAUGUUUGAUACGUUUUUUAAGAUAUCCGGUCAAACGGUGCAUCGAAGGCCUAAUAAUGGCGCGCCCCGUCGCCUAGCUAUUCACAUCCCACAAAGUAUUAGAUCAUAUUGUUGCAAUUCGUACUUAUAUUCACAGCUUGUUUUAUCUCAGCGUUCUUCGAAUGUCAUAUUAACCCGUGAAUUAUGAGUUGUCCGGACGGUCAAAUAAACCCAUUAUUGACGCGAAUUAAACUCGAGAUUCAAAUUAUAAAUUCACAGCUUCGUGAUUCGAUACUCUAGCAGAAUCUCAUUUGAUAAUAUCUGCUAAUAUUAUAAUUUUAUUGAUUUGAUGAAAGAUUUUAUAUCUUAAAAAAAAUUUCGCAUUUUUUAAUUUAAUAUAUUUGAUUGGAAUAUAAUGUUCCUUAUUUGAAUUCAUUCAAUUCUUUCCAUAAGCCAUUCAUUCAAUUCUUUCCAUAAUCUUCCAUGGCCUCUUUGAUACAAUAUUAUUGUUAAAUUAUCAUAUUGGAAUAUUCACAUAUAUGAGUUCAGUUACUACAUUAUAUACAGAUUUUUUUCAAUAUUUUUAAAAAAUCUGAUUUUAUGAAACCAAAUUUGAUAUCCACAUUUGAAAUAAAAUAGAAAAAAGAUAUUAUUUCCAAGAAUUUAUAUAGUUUCAUAUAAUAUAAAAAUUAUAAAAAAAUAUCUUCCAUAUUAAAACAUUUCAAAAAAUAAUAUAAUAAAAUGAGGUUUGAAAGGUGUUUUUAAUGUGUUUUAAUAUUUAAGAGAAUAUCACAUAUAAUAUGAAAUAAGUUAUUCCACAAAACAUGGAUAUUCUUAAAUUUAUUUUUCACAAGCUGAUAAUAUCUAAAUUAUUCUUUCUUUUAAACAAAUAAUUUAUAUCUCAAUAUAUUUCCAAAGAUAAAAAUAAAAGAACUAAAGUACAUUAUCGCGCACUGCGUACACUGUCCGACAAUAAUAUUACUGACGAUAUUUUUAAACAAUUAUUACGGCCUAUUCAACAUGACAUGUAAACUAUUCAUAUUCAUAUUCGAAACGUAUAUGUCAAAUAUUUAAAAUGCAACACUUAAAUCUUCGAUAAUAAAUUCAUUAUCGAUAUUUAAACGCGCUAUAAGCAAUUUUAAUUUUUCCAAAAUUGAAUUUUCUGAACUCAUAUAUGUUAUCUUAAGGCUCUGGAAUACUCAGCAAAAAGUUUAGUAAAGUUCUUAUAAAAGAGAAUAAUAUCGUAUAUUCUGAUGUACAAUAUUAAUGAUUGCUAGUGCUACAUAAUUAUACUGUUGUGCUAAUCAAAAGAUAAAAUAAGAAUAUUGUACAAGAACAAAUUUGCCAAUUGAACUCUACAACAUUCGCCGACAAUGUAACCAAUUAAUGUAUAAUAUAAACAUCAAACUUUUGCAUACAUAAAAAAUGAAAUUGCGCUACUUAAUUUUUAAAAUGUAUUUAGAGAGGACUGUUUUUGAAGCGUUACAUAUUUUCAAGGCACUGUUUUAUAAUCAAUUAUUGUAACGUUAUUAUUAUAUAAUGUAAUUUUGAAGAAAAUGUAACAACACAAAACGCGAUAUAACUAAUGAAAAUUAUAUGCAAAAUAGUAAUCAAGUUAUGUUUUCGGAAUCGAAAAUAUACAUAAAUGGAAUAUUUCGUAACAAUCUAUAAUUAGAUAACUAUAGAUAUUAUUUUUAGUAUCUCGAUAAAUUGUUGCACGAAGAAAAAGCUAUUUCAUUAUAAAAAUAUGUACAAAAACAUUUCCAAAAGAAGAGAGAACGUAUAAUAAAGAUAUAUGAUAUUAUAUGUACAGAUUAUUAAAACAUAUAUGUUUUUUAUAAGACAUAUGUAUUACAUGCUAUCGAGCAUAAUAUUGGGAAAUGUAAACAUCACGUUUGAUAACACAUUUGUAAAAAUAUUAAUUCUAAUAUUACUUUAAUACAUAUAUUAAUAGGAACACUUUCAACGCGGAAUAUGUAUAAAUAAUAUAAAAUCCUAUCUUUCUAGAUCUUUUGGAAUUUAUCUUACCACUGCAAAAAUUCUGUUAUUAAGAUGGAUAUCAGAUGUUAGCUAAUAUCAAUUAUGUGUUAAACAUUGAUAAAAUCAUACACACAAUUAAGAAACUUGAAAUUAAUUUAAAAUAUUUCGUGAUUCUCUCUUUUCGCUUUAAUUCUCCAUACUUAUAAUAAAAUCGAUUAAAGGUAAAAUUGAUUCAAACUUUCUUCAAAGAUAGGCAGAUUUUAAGAGAAUAAGCUUUUUAAAGAUUUUUUAUGUAUCUUAAAAUUUAUUUGGAGGAACAAAAAAAAUUUAGGUUAUAUAUAUAUAUAUAUAUAUAUAUAUAUAUAUAUAACCUAAAUUUCUUUUACAUAUAAUUCGAUAUAUAUAUAAACCGCCUGAUAUAUAUAUAGAAUUAGAUAUUUUAAUUAUAGACAUAAAUUUUAUUUGCCUACAUUUUAAUGUUUGUGCUGUGGGUAUACCAGAGUAUUAAGAAAGUGCAAUUACAUCACUUUAUAUAUCAUAUUUGUGUAUUUCUAUAGUUUAUAUAAGAACUAAAUAUUUAGGCAGCAAUUAGUUCACCAAGACAUCUUUUCCUUAAAAUGAUAUAUCAUAUCUAUUUCUUAUUAUUACUAGAUUAUGGGCAAAUAUUAGUGCCAAUGUGUAAAUGCACACAUAAUUAAGAAACUAUCGACAAAUUCUCUGACUAUUAAAGUUUUUUAAUACAAGGACCACUGUAACAAUUUCAAGAGUGGAUCAAGAUGAAUUUAUUAAAAUAAUUGUUAACUUUUAUCCUGACACACGUGUUGUACAUAGAGAUUUACUUAAUUGAACACUAAAUAAGAUAAAGCAUUGUUAGAAAGAAGAUAUUGUAAUACUGACCCAUAGAGUUAAAAUUAUGACAAAUGUACUCUCUUUCACCACUAUUUGUUGAGUGUAUUAUAAAUAAAGCUCUAUGUUUUAUUAAGAGA